CGGCUGAGCCUUCGCUGGGUCUCCAUUGCCUGUUGGCAGAGCUCUGCUAUAAGUGAAUGAGAGCAACAUCCCUUGUGCAAGUCCUGAGCCUGGAUACAGGGGCAUCUAUUCGCCCAGUGGCCCUUGCUUAGCCUAAUGCCCCUGCUCCACCGUGCAAUGCCUGCAAGCUCUUUAGGAGGAUUUCUUUCCAUCAUCUUGUAGGCAGGAGAGGGGAGGGCGAGCCCAGCAGCCUUCAUUAUUACUCUAGUGGACCCAAAAGGACUUACAUGUAAGGCACCUUAAGCCUGCACUUAGCAAGGGACUUAGCCAGACCGCUGCUCCUGUCCUGCUCUCCUACAUACCCUGGUGCCAUCACUCGGACACAUAGUGGCAUUGAAUUUCAUUGCGAGUUGUGGGCGUUUUGAUCCAGUUAUCUGUUCACUGGGCUUGGAUAUUUUGGGAGCCUACUGUAUUAUACCCCCACCAUCCUCCAUGAACUCUAUGAAAGAGCCUUUACAUUUGGAUCACUUGGUUGGGAGUAAAUUGGCUACAGCUUCCUCCCAUCACCAGCAGCACCAUCACCAGCACCACCAACAGCACCAGCAGCCCCAGGCAGUGACUCUUGUAUCCAUGGCUUCCUCUCUGGGCCAGCGCUCUGGGGAGUGUAAGGCAAGGCUAGAGGUGCACACCAUCUCAGACACCUCCAGCCCAGAAGCAGCAGAUAAAGACAAAAGCCACCAGAGCAAAAACGAGGACAGCAGUACUGACGAUCCCUCCAAGAAGAAGAGGCAGAGGCGACAAAGGACUCACUUCACUAGCCAGCAACUGCAGGAGCUGGAAGCCACUUUCCAGAGGAAUCGCUACCCUGAUAUGUCCACCAGGGAGGAGAUCGCAGUCUGGACCAAUCUGACAGAGGCCAGAGUCAGGGUCUGGUUUAAGAACCGCAGGGCCAAGUGGAGAAAGAGGGAGAGGAACCAACAGGCAGAGCUCUGCAAAAACGGCUUUGGCCCCCAGUUUAAUGGACUGAUGCAGCCAUACGAUGACAUGUACCCCAGUUACUCGUACAACAACUGGGCAGCCAAGGGCCUGACUUCAGCAUCUCUUUCUACUAAGAGCUUCCCCUUCUUCAACUCUAUGAAUGUCAACCCACUGUCCUCCCAGAGUAUGUUCUCCUCGCCCAAUUCCAUUUCUUCAAUGAGCAUGUCCUCUGGCAUGGUACCCUCUGCUGUUACUGGGGUGCCAGGCUCUGGUCUAAAUAGUUUGAAUAAUCUGAACAAUCUGAGCAACCCUUCUCUCAAUACUGCAGUGCCAACGUCGGCCUGCCCCUAUGCCCCCCCAACACCUCCCUAUGUCUACAGAGACACAUGUAACUCCAGCCUGGCAAGCCUGAGACUCAAAGCCAAACAACACUCUAGUUUUGGCUAUGCCAGCGUUCAGAACCCAGGAUCCAACCUCAGCGCCUGCCAAUAUGCAGUGGACAGACCCGUGUGAUACUUGUAUAUAAGUGUGAGCCUGUAUAUACGUGUCCUGUACGGGAGUACUCUGAAACCUCUCCUUUACAAAUCUGGGUCACUACCAAAAGAGAAUCGACAUGGAGAAACAUGCAGAAACGCCAAAUGUAUUUUUAUUCCAGCGGAAUGUCCUGCAGUGAAACUACCACAGACAGUGUAAUACUCAGAUAUAAAGAUUUGGGCACCAAAGACUGGACGUGGCAUUUUAAUAUUAUUUCUGGCUUGAAUUUUUUUUUUUUUCUAAUUUUAAUUCAGCAUCAAUCGUCAAAAAGGACUGAAAGGCUGUAUAUAUAUAUAUGGAAAUGUCAAAUUAAUUUUAUAAAAACAGUUGUCAGUUAAUAUCUUUACAGUGUUAAUACCACACCUUAGGCUUGAGAGUAAAGCAUGCAAACGAAAGCCCAGCAAGAAGAAUGUAUAUAAUAAAUUAGAACAUUGUAUUUUAAAGAUAUCCUUGUCCUGGGGUGCCUCACUACAUCUAUAGAGUGCGCUCUCAAAAAUAAUAACGGACAAAUACAUCUACAAUUGGAAGCCAUGUUCCCCCCCAUCCUAAAGGGAGUAGUGAAAUGCUCAGCAAAAUAAUUGGACGAAAUCACCCACAAAUAUCCACAGGACACGAAAUCCAUCCAAGAUUUCUCUUUUUUCCCCAAUGUUUCCCAACAAGGUCAACUCGCUGGACUUUUUAAAUUCAGAAGUGUCAUUAUUUAUUUGUUGAAUUCCAUUCUGGUUCAUAUAUAACCUAACUAUCUGGUUGUAAAAUAAAACUAAUGUAUUGUUUAAGGUUAUUUGGCAAAAAAAAUAAGGGAAAAAAAUAAAUGUAUUUCUUUGGGAAAAAA